CGCGUUAAGAGCACUUUGCUUUCUCAUUGGUUCAGGCUAUUUGGUGCAUAAAACGUUCUGAAACCCCACCCCACGUCCUGCCUCCAAGAUCAAAUCCUGGCUAGUUAGCCGCCCUUGUCCAAUCCUUGCAAGUAAACGCGCCCGUCACCGGACGUUCCCUGAGCAGGCAUCUCCCACCCUGAUGGCAUCAGCCCAAACUCCUGCUUUCUCUGCGUGCGUCUCAGCGGAAACGACCCGGGAGUCUAACCAACGUUACCUCAUCGUUUUCAGCCCUGCAUUUAGCUCUUCCCCUCGCUCCACCCUUUCCCCGCCUCUCUUCGGCCCCUUGCUUCGGCAAAGACCUGCAGCGAGGCAUUGUGGGAAACUCCCAGUCGAUUCCGCCGCCCUCUCCUGUUCAUCCGUUCCUCCUUUCUGCGGAGCAUCUGGCUUUCAAGGUGUGACAUCAGCAGCCGGGAGCCGAAGGUGGGAGUGAAGGAUUUGUACUAUGUUCAGGCAGGAUAUCAUUUGAGCAAGACACCUUUUGGAGAGACAAAGCCACAGCUUUCCCAAGGUCCAGAAGUGAGAGGCGGGUCCUCCUUUUGGGCUAGUAAGAAGGGCCAACUGAAGAGAGCCAUCUCAACAGCUGGCUUCACAUCCCUCUGCUUUGGUUCGAGCUGAGUUUAGGCGAUAUCCACCUUUGCCAUUCCCAUGAGCAGAAUGGAGUCUAAAGAAAGCACCCGAAGUGGAAACAAGACUGAUAGCAAGACUGCUAGCUCAGCAAAGCCUGAGAAGCCUCAUUCUGGGCCUGCGGCAAGUGCUGAUAAGAAAGAAGCUCCUAAGGAGCAGCCAACUCCUGCUGCCACUACCCCUGCAAAAAAGGGAGCCACAGCAACCAGCGAGGCGGCCAUGCUGAAUGACCACAGCAACCUGAAACCUACUGCAGUGCCAGCAGCUGAGGGGCCUGAAGCAACCACCCAUCCUGCCAACUCUGAGCAUAAAGGGAACAGUGCAGAGGAGUCACCAGGGAGCAGCAUCUUUGAGAACAUCAAGCCCCUACUCAUCUUUGGAGGGGCAGCAGUAGCUGCCAUAGCUGUGAUCAUAGGAGUAGCCAUUGUAGCUCGGAAAAAAUAGAAAACCUAAGGAACACAGGGGACAGAAUUUCCCCUGGGUUGCGUACUGUUCCUUUUGACAUCAAUGCAUGCGAUCACUUCUAUACAUACCUAUAAAUAUGCAGUAUAUAGCAAGAGAGAGGUAGAUAGGUCUUGCUUGAGGCUAGCGCUCCAGGGUCCUCCAUCCAUUUGUGCUCUCACAUGUAACAUAACUUAGCUUUCACCACUGUGUAUAGAUAGUUUUUUCUGGUCAAUAGAUGCUAUUCUGUGUUUUCUUUCCAUAGCUCCUCCCAUCCCACCUUUUGGUCAGCUUUUAAACUUGGUUCCAGCAUCAUUUUCAGAAUCCUUUGCUUUUAGUUGGGCUGUGGAAGAGUAGAUGAAAUGACCAUUUCCUUCAAGAAGACCAUCUAGUAUCCUGUAGUCCAGCUCACUGAAACUGCAAGUACUUUCAAAGAUACAUAAGAUGGCAGCAUCUUCUCUAAUCUGAGGACCACGUAGUCCCAUCCAGUAUUGAUCUACUUCAGUUCAUUGUCAGAGCAUCAAAGUACACUCUCAUCUAAAUUACAAAGCUCUCUUUGGAGCAUGAGAAGCUAUUAGAGUUCAAGAAGCAAACUUAGUCUACUGAGAUUACUAACUGAAGUCCAGAAGGCAACAUCUUGGCUUGCCAUCCAUCACACAAUGUGUACAAAGCAUGGUACUAAAGAUAGCCUAGCCAUUGAUUUGAAUAGCUUUGGAACUUAGAAAAGUAGUCUUUCUCCACCAUUUAAAUGCAUGUUAAAUGCAACCCUGGCUCUGCAUUGGCCAAGUACCUCUGUAGAAUUUAGAUACCUUUAAAAGAGGGGUUUUUUUGUUGUUAAAAAAAAAAACUUCAAAUAUUUAAAUCUAUGUGAUUUAAACCUUUGGGACAUUGAUGAGCUCAUCUGUGUAUAAUGGAUUUUGAACAAAUGCUGGAGCUUCUCAUAUAAAGUUACAUACCUUUUUGUGCUAUGAAUGGGAAAUAAGAAAAAAAAUUAUAGGACUAAGCAUGUGUAUUUUCCUUCAUCUGGAAUAUGGAUUUAAGGAAUAUUUAUAUAUGGAAUAUAUUGCCCAAAUGCAAGAAUUUGAACCCAAUGGAUGAUCUUCAUCUCAAUGAUAUUUUACAGCUUUAAAUCAAGAUAUACCAGAGGAAUAAUAUAAUCUAUAAGGAAAGAAAUAACAAAAACUGAUUCGCAGGAGUCAUUUUUCCCCAUAAUAUUUGAAGUGGGAUGCUGAAGAUGAGAGGAAAUUCCCUGUUUUGAAAGAGCCUUGCUGUGUGGGUGGUCUUCUUGAAAUAAUUAAAACCAGAUUGGGGGGGCAGUUAUUUAUCUUUGAUAAAUUUACUAAAAAUGUUUCCCUGACAGAAAGAAUUUGGACACUGGAGCAUUGAUUAUAAUGUAAGAUGACUGAAUGACCAUCUCUUUCUUUAAUAGAUUUUUUUUUUGGCUUGGAUCAUGCCAGUGUGAAACAGGUAUGUGUACGUGUAUGUGUAUUAAUUAUACAAACACACCCAUACCAAUUAGAUUAGUUUUAGUAAAAGAUUGACGUUUGUGGUAUGUGUGUAUGUACAUAUCAUGUUUUCAUCCCAUCAUAUUCAGAAAUUAACCUACACACUAGAUUUUUUUUUUUUUUUGUAUUUUUAGCCCCACUAACUUUAAACUCACAAACCAUAAAUCCAAAAGUAUGGUAAAAUGAUGGCAGUGCCUAGACUACAAUUAAUCAUCUCUCUCUUGCAUUUAUGGCUGUGAUGUCAUAGGUUAGGUUUAUAAGGGAAUCAUUCGCUGGCAGCCAUUGUUUAAUAUUGUGGUGUCCCACUGUUCUGAAUAUUUUUUCAGAACCUGCUCCCCGACUGAAAACCUGUAUUCUUGUGUAUAUGUGUACAAGCUUUCCUAACCCUGCCUUAUUUGAGAAUAUGUGUAUAUACAUUACAAUUUAUGAAGCCUUUGUAAAGCUACAAAACCUGUAUUCUUUGUAGAAAAGCAGAAUGCAACCAUUUAUUUGCACACCUGCAUUCACACAAAGUGUCUGUGUUUGUGCCACUUGCAUUCCAUUGUACAGUAGCCAAAACCAAGAUUUCCUUUCAAUAAACAAAGAUACAUUUAGCUAAUUGAUGAAUGUAUAAUAAUCCGUCUUGUGCUUCUAAGGAAUCCCUCUACAAUUGAUGGACUGUUGCUGGUACAAAAGAACUUUCCUUUCCCUGCUUGCCUCUAAUUCUGGAGCAUUUUAUAAGCCUCUGGAGCAGAAAAGGGGCGGGCAAGGAAGGAAGAAGCUAUUCUCCCCAAGGAAUGGCAUCAUCAGAUGCCCCCCAAUACACUUGAGCCAAUAUAAUUUGCUGGUGUAACUGUGGAUCUGUGUGAUGACAUGUGCAAACUUAUUCCUCUCUUGAGGUUUAAUGUAAACCUGGUGGUGGUGUAUCAUCCUUGCCCCUACCCAUAAUUGGCCCUUAGGGAAACAGAAGGUCAUCGUGUUGUUACCUCCUGGCCAUAGCAAUAGUGAUGCAGAACCUGGGCUGAUUUGCUACGUGUGUUCUUGUAUACUCUACAAAUACAUCUCCUAUUUCACUGCAACAAUAAAUAAGGCACAUACUUGCUCAUUCCUGCUUUGGACAGUGGACAUCUGGAAAAUGUGUUUAUGUAUGUAGGCCAAGCUCAAUGAACUUGUACGUUAGGGAAAUGUUCAGCUUGCAGUGGAAAGCCUAGUUAUGUUGGAAUUUGGUAAGCAAUGUCAUUGAAGCUUUUGAAUAUGCAUCCUAUUGACAGGUUGUUGGGUUUUUUUGGUUUAUUUGUUUCUUUGAAAGCUCAAUAAAUCAGCAUGCACUGCAUCCUGAUUUGUGUAACCCCUCAUAACGUCUGUCUCCUCACUAGUGGCUUUUGGUUGCUGCUUAUUGGCACGAGGGAGGUUGCUACUAGGUUUGGCUUUGGCAUCUCUAAUAUUGGCUCUACUUUGUACAGUACAAUGAUCCAAUGUAAGCAUUUCUCUAGUUCCAGGGUUGUUAAUACACAUCGAUUAUUACUAGUGAUAAAGUAACAAAACACUUUCUUCAGAAGGCUAGAUGUCUUCAGCUGGGACUCUUCUGAUAGUGAUUGUUUUGAGUGGAGUCAAGAUUACCUCUAUUGAUUUUUUAGAUUCCCCCCCCCCAACUUCAAUCUUUGCCAAACUGCUACUAGCAAAAUUGUAUUGUUUCUGUUUAUUGUUGCAGAUCAGCUGGAUUAUUAUACAACUCAUCAACUAACUGUUUUUAUACUUGGUAUUUUUACUCUUUCCUCCCUCCCAAGUUCACAUAUUACCCUUCCUCCAUUGUUUAGACUGAGAGUGAAUGGACCAAGGUAAUUCUGUGAGCUUUGUGGCUGAGAAAGGUCUAGAACCUCAGCUCACAAGAUUCAACAUUACACUACUUUUUUUAAAAAAAAAAUUGCAAUGCAAUCCUCAGAAAGCAUAUUCAGGAGUAAACUGCACGGACUUUUAAGUUUUUUUCCAAAUAAGUGAGUGCAGCUUUUUCUGUGGGUAGGAAAUGGUCAGAUAAUACUAAAUGUCUGCUCCAAUUGGGCAUUUCCUGUAUCAAAAGGCACGCAUCAGUAAGUGCAGCUGGAGCUAAUGUUACGACAUGGAGGAUGUGAAGAAUAGCUGGAUUCUUCUUCUUAGUAAUCACAGCUAAUUUUUUUGCCCAUAUUAGAAUUGUAAUUCUUUCCCCCAUCUUUAAUUUUAAUUUCAUGGAAGUUGGGAGCAACUGAUCUUGGGACAGUUUUUGAAUACUGAGUAGACAUGGUAACUUCAGCAAAUUCAUUAACAAACUGCUGUGAUAUCAAAAUAACAUGUGUCAUGAUAUCAUUGUACAAAUGGUGCAAUUAUGUAAUGACAUCACAAUAUAUGAUGCAAGUAGCUAAGUCACAGCUUUUGUAUUGUAUGAGGAUGUCAUGAUGCAUAUAUCAUCAUCCCUCCCCCCCCCAGUCCAUCCUGUGGAUGCCCAUGUAUAACCUGCUAAUAAAGGAAUAUACAUUUACUGUAAGUCUAUCAUGCAUUAUCAAAAAACCCACAUUCAGCAUGCUGAACUUCCUGUAUAUGCUUGUUUGCUGGGAAAUACAUCAGCUAUUCUCAUUUCUAUGGAGAUGAUACAAAAGUUUUCAUUCUGCAUAUUUAAUUUGGAAGUACAAUUCCUUCACAUUCCCUCUUCGGCAUGUUGUGGUACUAUAUUGUACAACGCAGCCUCAGUACAGAAUGUUGUACUAGCAACCUCAGUUUGGCCAUAAACAUGUAUUACUAGAGUCAGGAAGAUCAGCCCUUUAUCAGUCUUGUGUACAGAAGAUUAAAGAGGGUUGCUUUAUUAAACAUACUGAAACUUAUGCAUGAACUGAGUAUUCAAGGUGACACAAAUAGAACUGCAGCAGUGCUUCAAUUGCAUCAGUAAUUCAUGCUGAUACUUUAAUUCAACGUGUAAGGGUUUUCCCAGCUUAAUGUUUUUGCUUGUUUUGCCUGAAGGAAAAACCCAGAUUUCACUAUCCAAUGUUAAAAAAUGAGUCAAGGGAGGGAUGCUAUAUGCUGAUUUUAAAUGAGGUGUUGCCCCCAUGCAGUUCACAGAAAUGUAGUGAACAGAAAUGGAUAGUGUUUCUCUCUUUUGAGACUAAAGUAUGAAAAAGAAAGAGGGAAAACUAGAAAAAGAAUGAGAAACUCCUUCUCACUCCAAAAAGCCACUUUUGUUGUAUAUUAUGGUCUGGAUGGCUGUUUUAGGUGUGCAAGGACAAUAAAAUGUCAUGAUAAAAACUAGUACAUAAAAACUAAACGUAAUUUACAGUUUUGACAGAUAUAUGUACAAACAGGCAAAUGUGAAGACUAAGUUACUUCUAUUCAAAAUCCUGGCUCCAUCCACCUUACAUUCUCCCAUUCUUCUUACGCCACUCCUUUUUCCCUGAACCCUUGAUUAAGAUGCACAGUGUGCAAAGCCCACUUCACCUUCUCCACAUCACAGAACUUCCCACUGUCUGCCAAGCAGUCUUCAUUUUAGUUUGACUCUAAGGUCAUUUUAAAUUAUGAUCGAAUUCUACUCCAGGAUGAAUGAAAAAAACAGUACCGGCUACGUAAUCACUUAAUAUUACUUCUAUUUCUUAACAUACACACGGCCCGAAGCAUUUGGCAUAUGAAAGAUAGCUCUGUUAUAAUUUUCUAUUUCAGUCUCAAAGCCAUGCCUUGAUUAUAAACAACCUGUUACCCUGGCAGCUACAGUUCCAUCAUUAUACCUCAUUGUGCAGAAUUGAUGAGUGCCUCAUGAAGCAAUUAAAUUUGUCUAAUCACUUGCUAGUUUUUCAAUCAUAGAAGCUUCAACCAGUUUCCCAAGCUAUCAAAAAUGCAAGGAGAAUAUCCCUUUUGUGAUAUACUUGUGUCCUUGUUUGUAAAUGUACUUGAGGUGAUCUCCCACCCCUCAUAUUUCUUCUGUCUUUUCCUAUACUGAUGGUUAAGGGAAGGCCCAAAGUAAUACUUGUAGAUGGGAAAUGCUAGUUGAUUCAAUCUGAAUGUUUGCUAUCUGCUUCUAGAUUCAUUUGAACAAAACAACAAAACCAUACAAAAUGUACUCCACAGCAAAAAUCAUUUCUAAAAACAAUGUAACAUUUCUAAAAGGUCUCCCUAUUAACUUGAGUAGCCUAUAACAUAGAUUAUUUCCCUUGGUUAACAGGCCCACUUACAUGACCAACUUGAGGUCCUCCAUAUGUGCUGGACUAUUGCCUGCCCAGUUCAGAGAUGUAAUCCAACAGAAUUGGAAAGAACAAGAUUGGAGAAUGCUAAGUUAACAUAUGUUGGCCUAUGUAUAACAAAGAGAUUUGGGUGUUUUUUCUAUUUUUCAUUUUGAAGUCAGCUGUUGCAGACUACCUUUCUUAAAGCAAAUGUGAAAUAACACCACUUUAAUUUAGAAAAUAAAUUUGUACCUUUUAAAUUUUCUGAUAUUGCCUAUGCUUCUAUGGACACUUUGUAUGGGCUGCAGCUCAGCUCCUUAAAAUGGCAAAGAAUUUUUCCUUUCCCAUAUAGUAUUCUCUUUUAUUUGAAUUUUAAAAUGCGUAUAAAUGCAAUAAUGCAGGUAGACUAGAAAUAUUAGACUGAAAUUUAAAGUAGUUUAGCUUGUCCCAUUCGUGACCUACAGUGUUGUAUGACACCCAACACUGUAUCCUAGCAUUCUCAAGGCUUUCCUACGUAGCUGAAUCUAGUCUUAGCUUUGAAAAUUCAUUGUGUGAAUGGCGGGGUGGGCUGACUGGGAAUGUG